GCGCGGCGGCCCGGGUCUCUAUGUCGAGGCGAGCGCUGCGGCGGCUGCGGGGGGAGCAGCGGGGCCAGGAGCCCCUGGGGCCGGAACCGGAACCGGAACCAGAACCAGGUGGCGAGAGCGGACCGCGCCGGGGGGUCGGCAACCUCUACGAGCUGAUCAACAAUGAGGAAGAGUCAGAGGAGGAGCUGUCAACCCUGGAGGAGGCAGCAGGCUCCAGACUGAAAGGGCAUGGCACUGUCGGCAACGCCAAAGAGGCAGAGAGCGAUGGGCACAGAGAUGGAGGAGCCCCGGAGCACCAGGACCACAGCACAGUGAAGCCACAGCCCAACUCAAAUAACAAGGCACGGAAGAAAAAGAAGAAACGGAAAAACAAGAGGACUCCAGUCAGUGAAACUCCGGAAGAUGACGACCUGGAGGAUAUUGACAGCCUCCUGGAGAAGAUCGAGGAGACCAAUGGGCACUCGCACCAGGUGCUGAGUGGAGUGAUAGCAGACAGCCGGCCGCUGCUCUAUGUGGAGCAUAGAAAUUUGAAUCCUGAGAAUGAGCUGAAGAGAUACUUUGGGGCCCGGGCAGUUCUGGGUGAGCAGAGGCCACGGCAGAGGCAGCGCCAGUAUGUCCGCAGCACAUGGCUGACAGCUCCCAAGGACACCUGGCCACGCUACAGCAGGACAGGUAUUGGUAUGCAACUUCUGGAGACACGGCGGGGAGUGCAGUACUUUACCUUCGAGCACCAUCGUGAGUACCAGCAAGUGCAGUUCAAGUUUCUAGACGCCGUGGAGUCCAUGGACCCAAACAACAUUGUGCUCUUGCUCCAGAUGAACCCAUACCAUGUGGACUCACUGCUGCAGCUCAGUGACGUGUGCCGGAUACAGGAGGAUCAGGAGAUGGCCCGAGACCUCAUCGAGAGGGCGCUCUACAGCCUGGAGUGUGUGUUCCACCCCGUGUUCAGCCUCACCAGCGGAGCCUGCAGACUCGACUACCGGCGGCCAGAGAACAGAGCGUUUUACCUGGCUCUCUUCAAGCACAUGAUGUUUCUGGAAAAACGAGGCUGUCUCCGCACGGCGCUGGAGUUCUGCAAGCUUCUCCUUAGCCUUGACCCAGAGAACGACCCGCUGUGCUCGCUGCUUAUCAUCGAUUUCCUGUCACUCCGAGCUCGGGAAUACACUUUCCUGACCCGUGUCUUCCAGGAGUGGGAGAGUCACCGGAACCUGUCCCAGCUCCCAAACUUCGCCUUCUCAGUGCCCCUGGCAUACUUCCUGCAGAGCCAGCAGGAGGAGCUCCCGGACCCAGAGCGGGGCCUGGCACGUGAGAGGGCAGCCCAGCUCAUCCAGCACGCCCUCAUCAUGUUUCCUAGUGUUCUGAUGCCAUUGCUGGAUCGCUGCAGCGUGCAGCCAGAUGCCCGUGUGGCCUCGCAUGCCUUCUUUGGACCCACUGCACAGAUAAGCCAGCCGCCCGCCCUGAACCAGCUGGUGUGCCUGUACGUGGCAAGGACAUAUGCGCUAUGGAAGGACCCGGUCGUCAUGUCCUGGCUGGAAACCAGUGUCCACGAGGUGCUGCGUUUGGUGGAGGCCAAUGACCCUGCCGUGGAGGAGUCUGAGCGGAAGCGGAAAGUGCGGUACCAGAGCGCGCCCAGGAACAUCUACCGCCACGUCAUCCUCUCGGAGCUGAAGGAGGCCACGGCCGCGCUGCCUCUGGAAGUGACGUCGCAGCCCGUGAUGGGGUUUGACCCACUGCCUCCCUUGGACUCUGUCAUUUCCUACACAAGGCCUGAAAGGACAAAUCAACCAUCCAGCGAAAGCACUUUAUCUCUCUUCUUCCGAUCGCUCUUGCCAAACUUUAACUUGCAGGGGGAGGUCAGACGUGACGGGGAUGAGGAGGCCGGCGCAGGGCAGGACCUGAACCAGGGCGUGAACCGACUCAUGGCAGCCAUGCGGGACAUGCUCGCCAACAUCCAGUUCCAGGAGCCCCCACGGGACGACAACCCUGACGGGGAUGGCGACGGGGACUGGGACUGA